GGAGCUCUUCCUGAAGGAAUAACUAGUGAACUGGAAUGUGUAACGAACAGUACCCUUGCUGCUAUUAUACGGCAACUAAGCAGUCUGACCUCCACAGAUCAGAAGAGCUGCUGAGACAUCUUGCUUUCUCAAUCAUGUCAAUGCAAACAUGAGGAUCCAUUGCAUGAUGACCUGCAGAACCCAGCAAAGACCAGAUGAAAAUCCUACAGUCCUCUUUGGAACUGCAUGAAGAGCCUUUCGCUCAACUUCAAUGCUGAGGCUCAAGGAAAGAGCCACAUGGAACGUUUUGAUUGCUCACAGCAAGCAGCUCGUCACUGACCCUGCCGAGGAUCCACCAGGUUUUGACUGGUGCAGAUUGAAUCGCAUCAUGACAUCUCUUUGGAAAUGUGGACAAAAACCCUCUUUAAAUGGAAAAUGAGCCAAAUACCUGUAUCCAACUGUGGUCACCAGGCACAAACGAUGGAGUACAUCAUAUCUGAGGGUUCCCUUCAUUCUUCGCUGGGGGCCUGAAGGACAUUCACCAGCUCACUGCUGCGGCAAUGUGCUAGCUAUCAAAUCUAGCUGUAAAUUUGUAAUCAUUGCUAGCUACCCAAGCCAUACUAAAGAAGAAGACAGGCAACCAUAAGUCUGCCUGUUAAGUGCUUGAUUAUACAACCUGAAUAAUGUUCUUAAUGCAAGCAUGCUGAAGACAUAUUUGGUGAGUUGUUUAAUGAGGCCAACAACUUCUACAUCAGAGCAAAUUCUCUUCAAGACAGAAUUGAUCGCCUUGCUGUCAAAGUUACCCAGCUGGAUUCAACAGUAGAAGAGGUAUCGUUACAGGAUAUCAACAUGAAAAAAGCAUUUAAAAGUUCGACAAUACAGGACCAGCAAGUUGUUUCAAAGAACAGCAUUCCUAAUCCAGUGGCUGACAUCUACAAUCAGAGUGACAAACCACCUCCAUUGAAUAUUCUUACACCAUAUAGAGAUGAUAAGAAAGAUGGUUUGAAGUUCUAUACUGAUCCCUCCUAUUUUUUUGAUCUUUGGAAAGAAAAAAUGUUACAAGAUACAGAAGAUAAACGAAAAGAGAAGAGGAGACAAAAGGAGCAAAAGCGUAUAGAUGGCACAACCCGUGAGGUGAAAAAGGUUAGAAAAGCCAGGAACAGGCGCCAGGAGUGGAAUAUGAUGGCAUAUGACAAAGAGCUUAGACCUGACAACAGGUUGUCUCAAAAUGUGUACCAUGGAGCAUCUUCAGAGGGAUCACUGUCCCCAGAUACUAGGUCCCAUGCAUCCGAUGUUACCGAUUAUUCUUAUCCUGCUACUCCGAAUCAUUCCCUCCACCAGCAGCCAGUAAUGUCUUCAUAUGGAACAGGAGAUGGACCACAGUAUAUGGGUAUAAACCAGGGCCUUGAGCAUGAAUAUAGACCAUCCUCUACCGCAGUGCGGCAUGCUACUUUAAACAGACCUCAACAACCACCUCCACCUCCACCCCAGGCCUCUGAUGGACCACACAGCUCUGUACCUUUGAUACCAGCAGACUAUGGGAUGCUCCCAGCUCAGAUGGUAGAUUAUUAUAAUCCUACUGGACCUCCCCCCACUCCUCUUCCCCCUAUGAUUCCUUCAGCACAAACUGCUUUUGUUAGUCCUCUUCAACUUCCUGUGCCACCUUCCCAUUCUGGACUAGUGACCGGAUCUACCUAUGCUGCUGCUGCUCCUGCUCCUUCUCCUCCUCCUCCUUCUGGGCUUGUUGUUACAGCUUCCCCUCCCCCCGGCCCACCUCCUCCCCCACCAGGUCCCCCUGCUGCAGUUUCAUCUCUCACGUCCUCCCCGAUGCAUGCUUUUACAGUUCCUGAAGGAAAACGACAUGAAUCCACACAGCCGCCAAUCAGUGAUGCUCGAAGUGAUCUUCUUGCUGCUAUUCGAAUGGGAAUUCAGCUGAAAAAGGUACAAGAGCAACGUGAACAAGAAGCAAAGCGAGAACCCGUUGGAAAUGAUGUGGCAACUAUUCUUUCAAGGCGCAUUGCUGUGGAGUACAGUGAUUCUGAUGAUGAUUCAGAAUUUGAUGAAAAUGAUUGGUCAGACUGAGUCCUGGUCCAAGUACAGGAACAGAAUUCAUGAAAUGCUUUGCUCUAAUAAUGACACCAUUAGCAGGACAGAAGGCAGGGCGUUGAAAUGUAUUAAAACUAGUGAUCUAAGUACUAAAAAUGAAUUGGUGGUAUUCAGAAUGCAGUAGCUUAGCAACUCUUGUAAUAAUAAUGUGGUUAUGCUGAUGCAGAUCCAAAAAUUCAGUCUUACUUUCAAUAUUUACUGCAUAAUACAUAAGUGCCACUAAAUGUAGCAAAUCGUGUGCUGCACGCAAAGUGUGCUGCAGUUGUUGCACUGUUACAAAACCAGCAUUUUGUUUUACUUUCUUGAUCAUGAAGGUAUAACUAUAUUUUUACUUUACAUCUUAUCUUUAUAAUGUUGCAAUCUAGAUACUUGUGAAACUGUCUGGCUGUUAGUCAUGUAGGUCUUUGAGGAGAGUCAAUGAUACAUGACUGGGCAAUGUCUUCAGGUCCUUAAAUGUCAUCUUUUUAGCAUUUUUCAGAAAUUAAUCAUGUAAUCUUAAAAUCUAACAGACAGCAACUAAUGUCUUCUUACACAUUAUUUUUAAGGAAUUUUUUGAUUUAGUUACUUAUAUUAUUUUAAUCUCCUAUACACAUUCUCGCUAUAUACAAUCACAAAUGAAAUGUAAGUUUGAAGAGUCAAUUCACAGGAUUUACUAGUUAUUUCUGAGAGAGGACUGGAUGACUCAGUCAGUAACCGGAGGUUGCUGGCUGGUGGUUUGACAGUAAAAUAACAGCAUGGUCUCAGUUCAGUAUGUAGUAGACACAUGUUCACAUUACAGAAACCACAAUUGGAAUUGACACUCUUUUUGGCACUCUCUGGACAUGGAUUGACUAUACUUGAAGUUUGAAAUGCCCUGUUACACUCAGGAGUGGUUUUUAGAUACCUGAGUGGAGCCACUUUGUCAGUACAGAGUGGGAAGCUUACUCUACUACUGGUAAUACUAUGUCUGUUACGUGGAUGAAUGGAACGACUUCAGUUCAGUGCUAGCAAUUGGAUACAUUUCACAAGUACUAAACUUAGUUUUUUAUUCCUGUAGAUAUAAAUAUAUGUAGAUAGACUUUUGCUUAUAUGGAAUGUGUGUAGUCAUGUAAUGUCAUUUCAGUUUCUUAUAACUCACUCAUUAAAGGCCCUUGAUUUUUGAAUGUAUUUCUAUCCCAGUAUGUCCCAUUUAUAUAACACUGACAAUUAAAAUGGCUUAAUUGGUGUUUAGUUACCAUGCUGUAUAUAUUUUCAGUUUCUUCUAGAAAAGAAGGCUACCGUACAGUCUGCUUUUGCGCUUUCUCUGUUCCCUUUAAAAAUAAUUAAUACUUUAUUCAAUACAAUAUUGAAAUUUGCAUAUAGUUUUUCUUUUGUACACUGCGACUCAGACUGCUUCCUUCCCUAAUAAGGCUUUAUGUGUGUGUGUGUGUGUGUGUGUGUGUGUGUGUGAGAGAGAGGGAAGGAUUGGUCUUUUUUUUUUUUUUCCUUACCAGAUUACAAUUGUAAUCUUUGUAACAGAAGAGAUCUCUAUAAUUUCAGGUCAAAUAUUUGGUAAAGCUCUUUUGUUCUGCAAGGCCCUUCUGUCCUUAAGAAGGAAGGGAAGGAGAUGCAUCUAGCCUUUAUCCGCGUUCACUCUGAACCUCCCUUCCUCUUGAGCCAUGCUCACUCACAGCAGGUUUUACUUUUGUCCAAAGAAAAUAAUAUUCAGCCUGUCACAAUAUUCACAUAUUACAUUAUUGGCUACUUUAUUACUGUGUAAUCUGCAUGCGAGUUUCUGAUUUGACUUCAGUUUAUAGUAGUGUGGCAAAAAUGCCUUUGCCUCCCUGUUUAUGUUUUACUGCCCGUUAAGGGCCUUCUCCUGGAAGGUGCUGAACGAUGGUUAGUCAAUGGGAAAGGAGGGCACUCAGCACCUUCUAGGAUUGUUUUUGCUUUAAAAUACAGGGCUAAAUUCUACUUCUGGUCUGGUGGUUCCUCAUUAACAUGUGAGAGACAUUGUUUGUGUUGGUCAUAAGGAUAUAAUUGUUAUACUGUACUUUGCAAAAUGCACCAAAAUGAUUCUGUGGGUGAGCAAAUAAAAUGGACAAAAGUGCAGCUAAUACUGCAGUAUUAUCCAGUGUCACGAUAUGGGUGAGAGAGGUACUUUCAAUAGUCUUUUGAUAUGUGUUGAGGUGAAAUAUUCUGACAUCACAAAUAAUUCUUUCCAUUGUAAUGAAAUCUGAUAUGACAAAAAUAUAUUUUAUGAGCACAGAGACUGAGUGUACCAUGGAAAUUUUGUAAUAUGCAUCAAUUAGUUUUAAAUGAUAAAUAUAAAACAAAUGAUAAUUUGUGAUCAGUUAAAGAUAAGUGGAAUUUUUCAGCCAUAGUAGCCAAUCUGUUUUUCUGAACUUGGAGUAUUUUGUCAUCUCCGUUCAGUAUUUUAUCAAUACGAAUUUAAAUCGAAUUUAGUGAUGUAAACUAACUAACUCUUAGGUCAUUUUUAUCUGUUUGUAUAUCUUACUCUGGGUUAUGUAAAAGUAACAAAUAUGAAUAAAGUAUCACUUUUGCGCC